UUCUAGCAUGCUACUUUUUUCUCUUCUUUUUGUGGUGGUCAUGGGCAAUAAAAGAGAAAAUAGGAAGAAAAAAAGCCAUGGUCAUGAAAAAAGAAUCAGAAUAGAAGAUAAAGAAACCAAGAAAAGUAAGUGGGGGAUUAGGUGAAAAUGAACAGAAAAAGUAUCGAUUUUUACAGUAAUAUUGUGAUUUUUUCUCGCGAAUUUGUAUGAUUACAGAAGUUCAGACAUAUUGGGUCCUUGCUUCUCGCGCGAAAUCAACUAUUGCUUGGACUAAAAUAGUGCUCAGAAAGAUAAGUUGUGUUCUAUUUCAUUUCAUGCUUUUGCUUUAUUCCUCUUUUAAAGUGGGAAGUUUUAUUGUGAGACACUGAUUUUUGGAAUUUGGGUUUUGUUCUAAAGUGUUUGAUAAUGAUAAUGGUGGGUUUAAGCAUAUGGGGUAUAUGAUUUUGUUGGGUUUUGAUUGAUAUGUGCCCUUGAAGAUAAAGUAAACUAAGAAAAGAAUAAGAAUAAGGCUGUGUUUUAUCAAAUAUGUUUUCUGAUUGCGAAAGCUCUAUCUUUGUACUAGUUUGUUUUAUAAUGGGGUUUUGAGAAGAAAUGAGAAAGUAGAUGGAGUUAGUGAAGUGAAAACCGAGUUAUGGAAUUCAAGGUUUUAGGUGGUUUGUUGUUUCUAGGAUUGGUUUUGAGUACUUCUGCAACUCUUUCUCCAUCUGGGGUUAAUUAUGAAGUUGUAGCAUUGAUGGCGAUAAAACAUGGUUUGAAUGAUCCACAUAAUGCAUUGGAAAAUUGGGACAUUAAUUCUGUUGAUCCUUGUAGUUGGGGAUUGAUUACUUGCUCUGAAGGUUCCGUGUCUACCCUGGCGCUUAUUAGUCAGGGUUUGUCCGGUACCUUGUCUCCGAGCAUUGGAAACCUCAGUAACCUUCAAUCGGUAUUAUUGCAGAAUAAUGCCAUGUCUGGUCCUAUUCCGGCUGAUAUUGGGAAGCUUGAUAAGCUGCAAACACUGGAUCUCUCGAACAACAAGUUCAGUGGUGGAAUACCAAGUUCCGUGGGAGACCUUAAGAAUCUGAAUUAUUUGCGUCUAAAUAACAACAGCUUUUCUGGGCCUUGCCCCGAAUCUCUCUCCAAUAUCCACAGUCUCACGCUCGUGGAUCUUUCUUACAACAAUCUAAGUGGUUCCUUGCCAAAAAUAUCAGCAAGAACUUUCAAAUUUGUUGGGAACCCAGCAAUUUGUGGACCAUAUUCAAGGAGCAAUUGUUCUGCUCUUUCUCCUGAGCUAAUUCCCUUCACACCAUAUGCUCCAGAUCAAUCACACUCUGGAACUAGAAAUCACCAUUUUGCUAUUAUUCUUGGUUUAACUAUUGGGUCCGUCUCGUUGGUUAUCUUUGUUCUGGGUUUGAUUCUCUGGUGGAGAUAUAGGCACAACAAGCAGAUCUUUUUUGAUGUCAAUGAACAAUAUGAUACGACAAUCUUUUUGGGUCACUUGAAGAAGUAUUCAUUUAAAGAUCUGCGGGCGGCCACUGAUCAUUUCAAUGCAAAGAACAUCUUAGGGAAGGGUGGAUUUGGAAUUGUUUACAAAGGCUGCUUACAAGAUGGAACUGUGGUUGCUGUUAAGAGGUUGACCGACUAUAACAAUGUGGGAGGUGAAGUACAAUUUCAAACGGAAGUCCAAAUGAUAAGUUUGGCUGUCCACAAGAAUAUCCUUCGUCUUCAUGGCUACUGCUCAACCGAAAACGAACGGAUUCUUGUCUACCCUUACAUGUCUAAUGGAAGUGUUGCAUCUAGAUUAACAGAGAUUGUUAAUGGAAAACCGGCUUUAGACUGGCCAAUGCGCAAGAGAAUUGCAUUAGGAGCAGCCCGGGGUUUGCUUUAUUUACAUGAACAAUGUGAUCCCAAAAUCAUACACCGUGAUGUAAAAGCUGCAAACAUUCUUCUUGAUGAAGACUUUGAGGCAGUAGUUGGAGAUUUUGGUUUGGCAAAACUCCUUGAUCACCAGGAUACUCAUGUAACUACUGCUGUUCGUGGAACUGUUGGUCACAUAGCUCCAGAGUAUUUGAGUACAGGACAAUCGUCACAAAAGACAGACGUAUUUGGCUAUGGUAUAUUGCUCUUGGAGUUGAUUACAGGUGAAAAGGCUUUGGAUUUUGGUCGAGCAACAAACCAGAAAGGUGUUAUGCUUGAUUGGGUAAAGAAACUUCACGAAGAGGGAAAGCUCAGCUUAAUGGUGGCCAGGGGUCUAAAGAACAGUUUUGACAGGUCAGAAUUAGAAGAGAUGGUCAAGGUAGCUCUUCUUUGCACACAAUUUGACCCAUCUCAGCGCCCAAAAAUGUCAGAAAUUGUAAGGAUGCUAGAAAGUGAAGGCCUAACUGAAAAGUGGGAAGCUUCACAAUCAAACAAGAUCGAUACACCAAGAACUCAAUCUUCUGAUAAGUUACUUCAGAGGUAUUCGGAUUAUAUCGAAGAUUCUUCGUUAAUCCUUGAGCCAAUGGAGCUUUCAGGACCAAGGUGACAUAGGGUAUCAGUCUUUUAAUGGAUUGAAUGAGUUUUUUGGAGAAAAUUUAAAGAAAAUUUGAAGGAGAAAAAUCAUAUCAACUUCUUUUUGGUCAAUAGGUAUUCCCUAGUUGUAGAAUAGAGUCCACGUAAUAGUUGUUCAUCUUUGUAUAAAAAAGAAAAAGUGGAAAUUCUGUAUAAAUUAAGAAAUGUUCCAUUGUGUAAAAAUUGUGAUUUUUAUUCUUGUCCAAGAUUAAAAAAUAACGACGAACAUAUGCUCUCCUAAAGCCUCUUGGUUGGGUCUGGGAAAAUCUUAAUAGAGAAUUGGAAAAA